UAUAUACGUUCCGCCUUCUCACUUUUCGUUUUUCGUCACUACGCAAUACACAACCGCACUGAUCACACCUUCGUUUUCUCUCAGUCCAUUGUUCUCUCAGACCAUUUUUGUCUCAGUCCAUAGUUUUCGUCAACGUUAAAAGGAUGGCUGUACCUAGCGAAAAGUAUUUCCCUGCCACUGUGUCAUGCCAAGUGCACAAGAUUGGCAGUCUUAUUAAGGAUAAACUGACCAAGGACCAGCUGCAAAUGUUCGAAAAAACAAUUUUUGGUCCAUUGCUGAAUGUGAACAUGGUAUUCAACGGCCAGUUGAUCCAUCAUUUCUUGCUGAGGCAGAUACCUGAAGACGGUAACGCAGAUGGAAUCUGUUUCUCGGUUUUAGGGAAGAACGUCCGUUUUACCCAAAAGGAAUUCAACAUCAUAACUGGAUUGUGGCCAACAAACAAUCCAUUGGAGAAAGAUUGCGAUAGCAAGCGACUGCAAAGUCUUCUAUUCGGAUCAGAAAAUAAGAAAGUAAUAACAUGCUUGGAAAUUGAGGAAAUUUUCAAGAAUUUUGAGUUUACAAAUGAUGACGAUGCUGUGAAGGUCGCCUUGGCCGUCUUUAUAGAAACUGUGAUGGUCGGGAAGGAUAAGAAAACACAGUUUGACAUGGACAUUUUGGGAAGAGUUGAUGAUGAAGAAGCAUUUAAAAGCUUCGAUUGGUCAACUUUCUUCUACACUCGUCUGCUCAACAGUUUAAAGACAAGUCUCCAAGGCAAAAAAGAAGCAUACGAGCUGAAGAAGACACGAAGUUCCAAAGCAGUGUCAUACUAUAACAUCAAAGGCUACGUCCUUGCUUUUCAGGUGUGGGCUUAUGAAGUACUCUCAACCGCAAAUGAGCACCUGGCCACAAGAAACAGUAAGGGAUUAAUCCCAAGGAUAUUGAGAUGGAAUUGUACACAAGCUCCAUCUUACAAAAUGCUGCAGAAUAACAUAUUCGACAACAAAAAUACUGUUGUUCAACCUAAACUCAAGAUGUCAACCCAAGAGAAGGCUUUCAUGGAGAGUCGAAUUCGAGGGGAUGAUAACAUGCAAAUGGAGGAGGAUGAAUCCAUUGGAGCAAUGAACAACAAAUCAUUGGAGCAAUCAGACUCAUCUCCACAAAGAGAACAACUCUCACCCCAAAGGGAACAAAGUCAAACAGUGGCUGAGGAGUCUGAAAUGCAUCCAAUCACCAAGAAGAAACAUUUCAGAUCAAAGAAGUCCAAUGACAAAGAAGAACGAAGUCAUUCAAAAUCCUACAAGAAACUGAAGAAGGAAAUAAAAGAAGUUCGUAAGGAUUUAUCCACACUGACUUCUAUAGUCUGUAGGAUGGAUGACACAAUCACAAAGCAGUCAUUGGAGCUGUAUGAAAUGAAGCAGAUGCUGGAGAGAUUGGUCCAGAAUCAAACUGAAAAUCAAGGGAAUGAUCAUACUGAUCAGAAUGACAAUGAGUAUGUUGUUCAAGAACAACAUACUCAACAACAACCUACUGAAGAACAACAUACUGAACGUCAAGAGGAAACCCAAAGGGAACAUGAAGAGGAACGUGGUAGUGAUAUAAGCAUAGACGGUAGGGAUGCAGACUUGCUAAUGACUAUAAGAGAUAUAUCGGAUAAAUAA